AUGAUUAUAAUCCUCCCGUGUACUAAUGACUAUUAUCCUUACAGAUCAGUUGCCCAUCAGUCGCGAAUGAGCAAAAUCGCAGAUCUGGUCAGCGCCGGCGAGGUGGAUCCAUCGAAACCGGUACUGGAACAACCCGGCGGGCCACCGCAGAAAAUCAUCCGAGAGCUGCUAAGUCGCGAUGAUGAGGUGCGUUCCAUCUGA